AUGAAUUUGGUCCAGUCCAAGUCCAAUGCUAAAACUAUAUAUUGGACUAGUCCAAUAACAACCCUGGAUGGGUCAGAUUCUUCUAAUGAAAGUGAAAAGAAUUCUCAUGAAAUCUUAGAUCCUUUACUUCAAGAAGAAGCUCAAUUAUAUGAAGUGGAUGAUGAUUAUUCUGAUCAGGAAGAUUCAACACCCAUUUCAAAUAUUUCAAAUGAUAGAGAUUUUGGAAAAUUUGAACGACAUACAAAAGGAAUUGGCUUAAAGCUUAUGCAAAAGAUGUGCUAUAAAGUGGUCUUGGAGCAGAGGGACAUGGUAUUACAAAACCAAUUGAGACAAAGAUACGGCCUCAGAAAAUGGGAUUGGCCUACCGCGGUUUCGAUGAAAAACGACCCAAUCAAAGAAGGAUAUAAAAAAAAAAAAUCUGCGAAAUCAAGGAAACUAAAUGUCGAAUAUAAAACCGCGGAUGAGAUAAUGAGCGAUAUUGCAUCGGUAACUCCAAUACAGUCAAUGAAAAUCAUAGAUAUGACUGGACCACAAGCUCGUGAACUAUUAUCUGCAAGCCAGAUCACCUCUCUUACUAUCCCAGAUUCAUCUACUCGUCUUCCGGAACUUCGUCAUAACCUUCGUCUAAUCGUAGACAUGUCAAAAUUAGAUCUAGAGUAUUACACUAGAGAGAGAGGGAUACAAAAUGAACGGUCCAAAGCCCUUGAAAGAGAUGUAGAUAGAAUAUCUACUUUAUUGGAAGAUGAAACUGAACGUAUAAAUCGACUUAAUGAUAUAAUAUCCAUUGUAAAAGAAUGCAAUAGGCUACUUACACUAACAAUAUCUAGUAAUUCUCCUUCGUUACAACUCUUUAUGGAUCCUUUUGAAAAAUUGCAAACAAAAUAUCAAGAGGAAUAUAUUUUAUAUAAUUUGGAUGUUGCUGUUAUUACAAUAAUAGCUACAGUAUUCAAACAAUACAUGACAUUUUGGGAUCCGCUAGAAAAUUCUAAGCUUGGGUUGCAUGAAUUUUCAGAAAUGGAAAGGGAAUUAUCGAUGACACCAUAUGAGAGUAUGAUGUAUAACAUUUGGCUCCCAAAGGUCAGAUCAGCAAUAAACAACACCUGGUAUACGAGAGAUUUUGAUCCUGAAAUUAAUUUGCUCAAAAACUGGCGACCACCGCUGCUUCCUGUAUUCAUUUAUGAAAACAUUAUAAAUCAACUAAUUAUGCCAAAAUUAACGCGGGAAGUUGACGCAUGGAACCCUAAAACGGACAUUGAGAUGAUUUAUCAAUGGUUACAUUCUUGGCUUCCUUUAUUAGAUACUAAAGCUAUGAACAUUUGUAUUCGUGGAAAAAAGCUUUCCGAGAUAAUUCGAACAAGAUUUCAAAUUAAUCCUAUUAAGCAAGAAUUAGGACUCUUUAAUUGCGUGAUGACCUGGAGGCAUAUGUUUACUUCAGAAAUAUUUGGACGACUAUUUGAAACAGCUUUCUUUCCAAAGUGUGUCCCCCCGGAAAUGCUUUCCGAUUUAAUCAUUGAAACUCAAUUUAUAAAAGGAUUAAAUAUGAUUAAUGAGAGUAUUUCGUUAGUACCAGCAGGUCGAUUAAAACACCCGUCGCAACAAAGUGAAGUUCCAGAUUCAGAUCAAUUAUUUUCAUCAACAAAUUAUGCACCGAUUAUUGAUGACGAUGAAAUUACUUUUAAAGAGAUUGUAAAAGAAUUUGCCGAAGAACACAAUCUAUUGUUUAUUCCAACUAAUAAAAUUCAUCAAGUCAUAAGAAUGGCACUUUAUCGUAUUGGACGUACUACACAAGGGUUAAUCAUGUAUUUAGAUGAUAAUAGAAAAAUCUCUUACUUGUCCCAACCACCACGAAGAGGUGUAUUCCUUGGUUGGGAAGCAGAUCCUGAACUGGGGAGACGUGAAAAGGACGUGACACAAAGUACUGAAAAUGAGUAG